AUGAGCGAAAAAGGGCUUAGUGAAAUACUCGCGAAUGGAGUGGCGGUCAGUGCAAAAACAGUGGCAGUUAAGCUGGAUGCAAUAGUGUGCGAUGCACCUGCCAAAGCAUACAUUCUUGGCAUCAAGGGUCACAACGCGUAUGCAAGCUGCACAAAAUGCGUAACACAAGGGGAGUACCAGCAGGGUCGUGUGUGUUUUCCGCAGCUGGAUGCUGAUGCAAUGACAGACGAACGUUUUCGCUGUGGCACCUUUGAGCAGCACCAUGUCAGUGAGACUAUUUUAAAGGAACUGCCUAUAGAUAUGGUACGACAGGUGCCUUUAGACUACAUGCAUCUCGUGUGUCUAGGUGUGGUCCACAAGCUCCUGACUUUGUGGUUCAAGGGUGACAGAUCGUAUCGACUUGGGAGAAGCACCAAGGACCGGAUCUCCCUCGAGCUUCUGAGAGUGGAACCUUACGUGUGCUCGGACUUCUCCAGGAAGCCUCGUACUCUCACUGAAUUAGACAGGUGGAAGGCCACAGAAUAUAGAACGCUGUUGCUCUACACUGGCCCCCUUGUGUUGUUGUCCAGAAUACCAAGCCACCUCUAUGCAAACUUCAUGGUGCUGCAUACUGCGGUCACCAUUUUGUGCAGCCGCAGUCUUACUGAGCAAUAUGCAAACUAUGCACACCAACUUCUUGUACUUUUUGUUCAGGUGUUCACGACACUGUAUGGACCGCACAUGGUUUCCCACAAUGUUCACAACCUCAUUCACCUAACCAGUGAUGUCCGUGAGCAUGGCCCUCUCGAUAAGUGGAGUGCAUUUCCAUUUGAAAACUAUAUGCAGACGCUGAAAUCUAUCAUCAGGAAACCAGAUCGUCCGCUUGAACAGCUUCACAAUCGUACAAUGGAACGUCGAAAGCUGCCAAAACAGCACAAGCAUACCAGUCUGGAUGUGAAAUGUUCCAUCAUCCACACAGGAGGUCCACUUCCUUUGAACUGCAGUGGGUCCCAAUACAAAAAGGUUGUGGUACCAGGAAGGUUCACCCUGCGCACACAAAAGAGGGACAACACAUGUGUGCUGCAGGACGGAUCAAUAGUUCGUAUUGAGAACCUCGUGUGUACUGAUAACUCAGGCGAGGUCCUUGUCAUUGGAAGAAAGUUCGUGAACCCUGGUGACCUCUACGUUUAUCCCUGGUCAUUCCCAUUUCGAAUUAUUAAGUUUCCUGAAGAAGGCAGUGCCAUCGCACUUGUACAUGCCAGUUGGAAACGUGACGGGAAAUGCGCAUGGCCAAAUGAGAAAAACCCGAGGCGCCUCGAGCAGAUGGUCUUGAGAGGUGCGGAACCCCAGCCUGACUGGCAGCUGCAUGACUGCAUUGAAGUUGCGAAAUUUGAAACCUAUAAGGAAGCACGAAUAAAGCUGCGGUGUGCUGAAGAUACAUCUGAUAUCUGCAGUGACCGCGAGUACGGCCGAGGAAAAAGGAAGAAGAAGCGCAAAGUAUGGUCUGAUGAAUCCCACGAGGUCAGCAGUUUCUCAGAUGACGACGAUGGCAAUUACCAGACAUCCGUUCUCCCGCGACCACCGACACCGCCUGAGACAGCAUUUCUUGGUUUAUACCCCAUGUCAACACCAACAGCUGAACCGGUUCUUCAAAGCUACGUACAGGUCGCUAAUUGUGGCAGAGGCUCCUAUGAGCAGUUGCAAGCCUGUCCAUCGCUUGUUGGCGGUUCCGCACGUCCCAGGCCCUCAUCUCAGCCACAGCCUUCACGUCUGCCUGCCUCCUCGCAACACCAGGUACGCAGUGGACAACCACCAAGCUCUACCUCGCACGCACAUGAAACAUCGCAUCACGAACUCUCAACAUCCCAGCAAUGGCCGUCUACCAGUUUGCCGGCACGUUGCGGCUCAACAUCAGGUCCGUCCACACAGCAGCAUGAAUUCUCGUCAUCGCAACCAUGGUUGCCGCGCCCACCUUCAUUGCAGCAUCAGGGCUCUAUACUGACCUUGCCCUCAGAAGGACCUGAAGCACUGCAACAUGAACCUUCGUCAGCUGAGCCAUGGCAUCUGCACACUGGCGGUACAACCCAGCAUCAAGGUAAUGGCUUCCAUGGUGGGUGCGAAAGACAGCCACUAAGUGCCACAAGUGGCCCACCAUUGCACUGUUGUGAAACGCCACCGCAGACAUUGUUGCAAGCUCAGUCAUGGAACCCUUCUCCUCGUGGGGCUUCUGAGGACCAAGGUGUCAGGGGCCAAAACACGAAGCACCCACGAGCAGCAGAUCGCACAUCAAGCCACGCGUACCAGAACUUAAGCUCAGGAUACUGUCAGGAAACACUAACACUUCUGCACACCAUAAGGCUAGUGCAGCAAAAGCAAAGUGAGCAGUUGCUGGUCAUUAUCAGCAAGCUGAACAGCAGCACCACUGUUGAUCAACUGUCGACUGCAAGCUGCUUCGAUGAGCAGAUUAAAACUACAGAGGAGCUCAUGGCCUUCGAAGAGGAGCUAAAGAACAACCCUGAGAAAAGAAACCAACUUAAGCUCUUUAUGAAAUUCAUAGGAGGCUCUGAUGUAGGAGAGAAAACAAGCAGGAUCUUGUCAAAAUUGCUGUCGAUCAACGUGGGCAAGGAUUUCAGCCUCCAUGGUACGAAAGGGAAACGAAAAUUCACUGACCUCCAGAUAUGGAAGCUGAUGUGCGGUUGCUUGGUGCCAGUGAACCAACAGCAAGCUGAAAAGGAAGGUACUAUGAAAAACGUAGAAAAAGCUGCACAGUCAUGGUUGCGUCAUGCCCCUGAUACCUACAAAAAGCAACAAGCCAAAGCAAGUGGAGAAAGUGCCAGUCAGCAGUAAACAUGUUGCGGGCACCACAUUCAGCACACAGACAUUGAGCCAGUCUCAUCCGUGCCUUUCAUGACGUUAACAUAUACUCACGCUAAGUGUAUGUUUGUGUAUGUUUGAACUGUAUUCUUACCUGUUGACCUAUUUUACAUUGUUGUUUGUGAGGUGUAUAGCUGACAACAUUGUGUGUAACUGCGAACUUCCUCUGCAGCACAGAAAUGCAACUGAUCUACCUAACACAAAAUGCGGUGCUUGUGGGUACACGGGAGCUCCUACACCAAACAAAAAUUACCGUACUUUCUAAAUAUUGUAAUGUCUUGUUAGUGUCAUGUUUCUUUUUUAUGCUCACUCUUACUAGUCACAUUUGCACUUUCAUGCCACCAUAUGUGCCUUGAACUCGUUUAUUUUAUGCAGAUGCAUCACAAGACAACGACUUUUUAUAUUGAUACAACUUGGGGAUGCAGUUUAGGUGCCCUGUGCGCCCAGUUGUGUUUUCUUACCUAGUCAGUUCUUUCGGUUCUUCAUGUUAGAGGAAUAUGUACUAGAAUGCCGUCCUCUGUACUUCAUUUACUAUUCAUACAACAUUGAAUAAGUAUGUCUUUGAGCAACAAUAAAUGCUCAAUUUAUAUUGGUUAAAUACCACAUACUGUGAUACCAAUGUAAGUGACACAAACGCAUGCACUGUUAGGCUUUUUGUCCAGCUUAUGCAACGAAUGAGAGGUUUUUAUUACAGCUAGUUGAAUUCAGUUUUCUGAGUUCAGAAGUUCUGCCAAGUGAAUUCUACGUUUUAUUCACCAGUAUUGCAAUGCCACUACACAUUUGUCGAAAGUACUUAACGUUCCGUAACAGUUUAUUAAAGUACCUGUG